AUGACCGCAUCCUCUGCCCGCACGGCUUUCCUCGGGGUUGACGUCGGCACCGGCAGCGCCCGGGCAGGUCUGUUCUCGACGUUCUCUCUGCGAACGCUCCCUCCCACGUCUUCGUUCGUCUCUAUAGGGGACAACUCGGAUUUGACGGUGUAUUUUGAUCCUCGAUGCCGAAUGGCCAUUUUUAGCGCGCAAUUCUUCUAACUAUUUCAUUCAAUUUCCCUUAUUUAACCGUUCUGUUAGCGUUAUCUUUAUUAGUACGUGUAUUUGGUUGCAAACUCGCUGUAUCCGACGAGGACUGCGAUAUUGCGUUAAAUUGGCUUGUAUAAUACCUCUUUGUUUGAAGUGCACACCUCUCACGGUUCGUUCUCAAAUAUCAACGUAUUUUCAUGGUGUAUUUGCUUGUAUAAUGUAGGCCUCUUCGACGAGAAAGGGAAGUUGCUCAGUACAGCAAGUAGUUCAAUUCAAAUAUGGAAAGAUGGUGACUGCAUCGAGGUAGAAGAGCCUUCAGAAUAAUGUGAAUUCACGGAUUCACGUUUUCUUCGGCCCUUUGUGUCUUACUCUGGAUAGCCCUGACUUUUCGUAAAAUUUCUUAUUUCUUUGUUUAAUCAGCAAUCAUCAACAGAUAUCUGGCACGCAGUCUGUGCAGCCGUCAAAGCGGCAUGCUCAUUGGCAGAAAUAAGUGCUGAGGAAGUGAUUGGGGUCGGAUUCACAGCGACUUGCUCUCUUGGUUGGUUAUCUUACUCCCAGCGUGGUUGAUGACCAUGCCUCUUUUCCAGUAAGGCAAUGUAAGAAAUGUUUGGCCUUGUCUUUUAGUUGCUGUGGAUGCAGAUGGUGCGCCUGUGACUGUUUCAUGGAGUGGUGAUGAAAGGAGAAAUAUCAUCGUAUGGAUGGACCAUAGAGCUGUUAAACAAGCUGAAAGAAUCAACUCCUUCAACUCCCCUGUAUUGCAGUACUGUGGAGGGGCUCUCUCCCCUGAAAUGCAAGCCCCGAAGGUACCUUAUUGUCUUGCAUCUAUUUAUGUUAAUGAGUUAGAAGAACAUUUUCAAUACAUAAAAUAAGACAGUGGAAUCGAGGAGAAGCAAAAAUGUGAUGGGUUUAAUGAAAAUUGAAGAGGGAUGAGCUUUGUAGAGUUGCUUUACAGGGUCUGUGGGUUUUGGGAAAUAUUGUUAGUGAAAUUUUUAACAUGCUAAAUUAAGAACUCUGGUGCAAGUUACCUUCUCUAAAUGUUGAUCAAAUCUUGGAAUGUAGGACAAUUAUCUUCAUUAAUUAUUGACCUGCUACCAUAUUUUCAUGGACAAGACAUUUGAAAUUUGUCAGUGUGUAAGUGUUACACUCUAGCCUCCGAUAUUUUACAGUAUUUGAUAAAAUAAUUCAAAUAUGAAGGUGUUUACGGAGAAUUUCGGCUUAUAAAAGACAAAAAAUUAGAAUCCUUCUCUUUAAUACUGUGAUAAUGCGCCUUGGGUGACCUAUGCUGGCGUUUUAUAUGAUAAAUGUGCUUUUUUUCCUAAUUGAAUGAAUCAAUCAGAUUGACUUGUUGAAAUGAUUAGGUUAUUUCGGAUGAUGCAAUGGUGACUGAUAUGUUUUUACUAAACUUCAUCAUUCAGCUUUUAUGGGUGAAAGAGAACUUGCAAGAAUCAUGGUCCAUGGCCUUUAGAUGGAUGGAUCUCAGCGACUGGCUGGCAUACAGGUUAAUGCUUUUGAGUUCUUUUAUGAAUAGUGGAUCCAUUUUUUUUUUAUUUUCUUGUUUCAUUCCAGAAGACAUGUUCAAACCAGAUGAGCUUACGAUAAUUGCUCUGAUUUUCUGAAGGGCAACUGGUGAUGAUACACGUAGUUUAUGUACAACAGUUUGCAAGUGGACAUAUCUUGGACAUGCGCAUAUGCAACAAGUUGAUGAGAAUAAUUCUCGAAAUAUGGAAGCAUUUGGAUGGGAUGAUGCCUUUUGGGAGGAAAUUGGCUUAGAAGAUCUCGUGGAAGGACAUCAUGCAAAAAUUGGUAAAGUUUUCUACUUCCCCCUUUGGGGUACAGUUAAUUACCUUUGUUUUCCAGUGAGUGGCGUAGUUUGUUUCAUAGACGGUGGAGUUAAGUUUAUUCACAUGCUGACAGAUUGUUUCGAUCUCUUUGUAGUUUUCUACUCAUCUAUUAAUGGAAGGGGGAGAGGCGAUGAGGGGCUCUGUUUUUUUCUCCAUUAGAUCUCUUAAAGAGGGAGGUUAAGUGAUAAUGGAUAGUUUCUCAUGUAUUCCCAUCUAUGGGCGAUUGAUUUUUAACAGUUGCAGAGAAUGUUACGUCUUUAUGGGCUAAGCUUUUUGGAAUUAUGUUUAAAUCGGAACCUAGAACUGCCAAACUUCCAAAGUGUUCUGGUUAGGGAUGAAUAUUCUUAAAAUUUUGGUGAUUAUGGAUCCACCAUUUUUUUAUGAAAUUGGAAGUUAACUGUUUAGUCAAAUUAAGGAGACCACUGCUCUGUGAGAAACGGAUUUGUUGAAGUCUUCGUCAGCCUUAGAUGCCGUAUUUCCUUCUGAGACUAUCAGUAGAUUGAUGGUGGAGUGUGAAGAGGUGGGUCAUCAAAUGUGUGGGUCAGAGGAAACCUUGUACUUCUGACAUUGAUGACCUUAUCUGAUGCCAAUAACUUGAAAAAUAAGAUUUUUGCUUAAAAUAGGGUUUGUAUUGGGAAAAAUUACAAAUCGUGUGCAGUACUGAAUGGUAGAGGCUCUAGGUCGUCUUCUUCGAGAAGAUAUUUUAAAGUAUUUUGAAUUGAGGACCUUACGACCGUGAUUAGGGCAGUACAUGUCAAGCUAUAAGUUGGAAUAUAAGAAUUAUAUAUGACUUCAGUUUUAAAAUGCUACAGGGGAAAUGUUUCCAAGGCCCUAUCUAUUUUUCUCAGUGACUGUUCUUCCCUUCAGAGUGGAAUAUCAUAUACCCACUAGAUGAGAUAGAUUUAUCCACACAAUGUUUUUUCUGCUUGUCUACGGGUAAUCUCUAAGGAAAGGAGCAAACGGAAGUUUCGGAGAUGACAUAAUUUUUAGAAGCUUCUGAUUGACUGUUUUUGAUUGUCAUCUUGGUAUAGGCAGCCAUGCUCUUAGGUUUUCACUCUAUUUAAAGGGAUUCUUUCAUUGCCUAUUAUUUAAUGAAGCUGACCAUCCCCCCACCCCCCCCCCCUUUCCCCCCCCAAAAAAAAAUGUAAAACGGGGAAGCUGAAGAGAAUAAUAUAAUGCAAGACGGGCAGAGAUUAGGUAGUCUGAUUUGGAGCAUCAUUCGGAAAAGAAAACUCAGUGAAAAAUCAGAAAGAUUGUGCUUUUUGCUCAUGAUUAUGCUUUCGAUAUACUUCUUAUGUUUUACGCGGUUGUUAUCUAAAUUAAAUAUUUGUACGCGACUACUGACACAUGUUUAUCUACUAUUUUCCAGUUACAGCCGAAAUGAUUUGUUAUGGGUCCUGUGUUCCUACUUUUCCCAAUGACUUUCUAUCAUAAAUUGAAACAGGGCGAAGUGUUGCAUUUCCUGGUCAUCCUCUGGGAUCUGGUCUGACUUCGGCUGCUGCACAGGUCAAAAUCUUAAAAAUGAUUCUUGAAUUUGAUUUCAAAUAGUGCGGAUGCUAAGGUCAUUUUUUGCUAUCAUGGAAGUGAACCUUUGUUCUGGAAAACACGUCGCUUUGUGGCAAGGGCUUUGCAGGUAUUAACUUGAAAGGAAACUUUACUCUUUUUUUUUCUCAGACAAUUUUUUCUCUUUGAACACCCCAGGAGCUGGGCCUAUUGGAAGGAACUCCCGUUGGAACUUCAUUAAUUGAUGCUCAUGCGGGUGGGGUUGGGGUACUAGAAAGUGUGCCUGCGUCCGAAACUCUGGCUAAUGGUUUGUUACGGCCUCUUUAUUAUCUUAAUAAUCAUUCUUCAGUGAUGCAGGAAACUUCGACGCUUACUUGGAAAAACGCUUUGUGUUUCAGCUGACGAUAGAGAAGCGAUAUGUCAUCGCAUGGUACUAGUUUGUGGGACAUCUACUUGCCAUAUGGCUGUCUCUUUGGAUAAAAUAUUUAUACCAGGUGUCUGGGGACCAUAUUGGUCAGGUAUUUGAUCCAACACUAAGGAUAUUUGUUUUUUCUGGCAACAUGGAACGUCGAUGGUGUAUUUUGACUGUUGCAUUACUGUAUGGAUCAUAAGUCACGAAUGUGAUUUCACUCUCUUACUAAUGCUGGCACAAUUUUAUGCAUCUAGCGAUGAUUCCUGAAUACUGGCUCACAGAAGGUGGUCAGAGCGCUACUGGUGCUCUGUUGGACCACAUUGUCGAGAAUCACCUUGCUUCUCCACUUCUUGCUAAUCAUGCUGCCUCCCAAGGUAAGCUAUUGCCUAUAAUUCGGAAGUGAGUGUUUCUUUGUUCAUUUUUUAAUGGCCAUUCUUUCUCAAGAAGAUUCAUCUCAUCUGAAAUCAUGCUUUCAUUCUUGGAAAGGUACUUCCAUAUACGACUUAUUGAACAAGAUAUUACACUCCAUGGCAAAGGAUCAAAAUGCUCUUUUUCUUUCCAUGCUUACUGAAGACAUCCACGUUCUCCCUGAUUUCCAUGGAAACAGGUGCAGCACACUUAUACAGCAUACGCUUGUAAUUUUAUCUGCAUUAUUUUAGUUCUUAAUGAUUCACUUGAUUUUACAAUGAUUUAGAGACUAUUCUCCCCUUUAAAAGGAGGGUAACGAAGCUUUAUCAGUUCUCUACGAAAAUUCUCACCAUCUUGAAUAGAUCUUCUCAUUCAGGUACCUUUAGAAUCAUUUUAGAUCUCUGACUAUUCACCGUUUCCUAGGAUAUCCUUCAUCCAUGUAAUGGAUCCCAGUAAAUUCUCAAUAAUAAGGCAUGCAGAUAAUAAACAAUUUUUGUGUGUUUGACUUUUAUUGCUUUUUUUUUUUCUAUAUAUUAUUGUUGAUGAGUUUAUUUUGUCAUAUUUACAUUCAAUAAAUAACGACUUUUUUCACCAAUCCAAUGGCUAUCAAUUCAGAUAUGAAAACACAUCAUCAUCGACAGUAGAGGCAUCAUGAGCCAAUUUGGAUUCAGUUAUGUCCAGGAGAUUUCGUCGCUUUUCUCAUUGAUUUCGAGCACUAUUUUUUCGCCUUUAAGAAGCCCACGUGAUUUUUGGAUUUUAAGCACCAUUUUUUAAGUUGAAAUUGUAGAAAUGGAUAUACUUGCACUGUUAUUCCGUUUUCAAUAAUUAUUCUGGAGCGAGACAAACUUAUUUUGCCCUCAAUGGAUCAGAUCACCCAUGGCAGACCCAAAAGCAAAAGGAAUGAUAUGCGGCUUGACACUCGAUACAAGUGAGAAACAUUUGGCUCUUCUUUAUCUUGCCACAGUGCAGGGAAUUGCGUAUGGUACACGUCAUAUUGUGGAGCAUUGUAAUUCUCAUGGGCACAAGGUAAUCCGUCUUGGCUGAUUUAUCUUGUACUGCUUAUGAUUCUGUGGAGAGAAUUUCCAUGUUACUUGCUUGUAUUUUUUUCUGCAUGGCUACCUACACCAGAGUCAUCCUCCACGUUUAGCUUAUAAUCAUGGCUGAUUGAUAAGUGCUUCUCAAACUUAACAAGGCCCUCCUUGCAUUACGCGUAGCUUCUUAGAGUUAAUGACGAUGUUCAAUGAUUGUGGGAUAUGAACCUGCAUUUACGAUUGGUCUUGGGAGGGACAGAAUCCAGCAGAAAAUAGUCUAAAUUAUUAUGAUAAUUAUCUUUUUCAUGCGGGGACUUUCACCUAAAGUUGAAAUGAAAAAUGUUCUUGAAAUCUUGCCCAGCAAGCAUCGAAUUAUUGUUUUCAUUAGUUCAUUCUCGUGUGAGCUAUUAUAUUCAUAUGGCUUUAAUAAAGUUUUCCUACAACCUCCAGAUUGACACACUCCUUGCAUGCGGCGGACUUGCCAAGAAUCCGUUGUACAUUCAAGAACACGCAGAUAUUAUUGGUAACUCUCUCUCUCUCUCUCUCUCUCUCUCUCUCUCUCUCUCUCUCUCUAUCUAUCUAUCCAUCUAUCUCUACAUAUAGUCUCCAUCGUACAUGUCAGGUCGCAUGGUGAUUGAUUAAAAGAGGACUAACACGUUUAAGACAGGUUGUCCUAUCAUUCUUCCAAGGGAGAACGAGUCGGUGCUCCUGGGUGCUGCCAUUCUAGGUGCCGUUGCUUCCAAGAGGUAUACAAGCCUGCACGAGGCAAUGCGAGGGCUGAAUGCGGCUGGCCAGGCAUGUAUCUUCUUCUCGUCUCAAUCACGGAGUUCCUGCUGUGCUGAAUCCAUCCUCCUGCUCUCUGGUCACUGCUCUCUCUCUUUCUUUCUUCGCCGGGAGAAAUCUCAUGGAUCAUACUACCCCUCAAAUCUCCGUCGGCAUCACUUCUGCGGGCCAUUCUUGACGAACUUGACCCUUUUUUUCUUCUUCUUCUUUCCUGAUAUGGGUGUUUUUUUAAAUCCACUUUAUUAUUUAAUUUUUUUUCAAAAAAUCAGUUCGUAAUCUUCGCAGCUAACCUUCGGACUGAUUUCGUGGGAGCUCUUUGCAGGUUGUUCAUCCAUCCACAGAUGCAAGAGUGAAGAAGUAUCACGAUGCCAAGUACCAGAUCUUCCGAUCUCUUUAUGAGCAGCAGCGUUCUUACCGAUCCAUCAUGAAGCAGGUAGUGGAGUGA